AUGUCCACGUUAGAAGAAUUGGAAGCAAAUGAACAAGAAAACUUGAUAGACCAAGAGAUCUUGAAUUCAGCUACCUCUGAUAUAAUCAAUAGAACAAAGUUAUUAGACAAUGAUAUCAAGGUGAUGAGAUCUGAAUCACAAAGAUUGACCCAUGAAAAGACGGUUAUGUUGGAGAGAAUCAAGGAUAACCAAGAGAAGAUCAACAAUAAUAAGCAACUCCCUUAUUUGGUGGGUAAUGUAGUGGAAUUAUUAGAUUUGGAUGCAGAAACAGAAGCAUCUGAACAAGGAGCCAAUGUUGACUUGGAUGCCACCAGAACCGGGAAGUCUGCUGUGAUCAAGACUUCGACUAGACAAACCAUUUUCUUACCAUUGAUUGGUUUAGUGGAUCCUACUAAAUUAAAGCCAAAUGAUUUAAUUGGUGUAAACAAAGAUUCUUAUUUGAUUUUAGAUACUUUACCCUCAGAAUAUGACUCUCGUGUAAAGGCUAUGGAAGUUGAUGAAAAGCCAACCGAAGAUUAUUCUGAUAUUGGUGGAUUGGAUAAACAAAUUGAAGAAUUGAUUGAAGCAGUAGUAUUACCAAUGAAACAAGCAGAUAAAUUUAAGAAAUUAGGUAUUAAGGCGCCAAAGGGGGCCUUGAUGUAUGGUCCACCAGGGACUGGUAAGACAUUAUUGGCCAGAGCAUGUGCAGCACAAUCAGGUGCUACUUUUUUGAAGCUUGCAGCUCCACAAUUGGUUCAAAUGUUUAUUGGUGAUGGUGCCAAAUUAGUACGUGAUGCAUUUGCCUUGGCUAAGGAAAGAGCCCCUACUAUUAUUUUCAUUGAUGAAUUGGAUGCCAUUGGUACCAAGAGAUUUGAUUCUGAUAAGAGUGGUGAUAGAGAAGUACAAAGAACUAUGUUGGAAUUAUUGAAUCAAUUGGAUGGGUUUGGAUCUGAUGAUAGAGUCAAGGUUUUAGCAGCUACCAAUAGAGUUGAUACUUUGGAUCCAGCUUUGUUGAGAUCUGGUAGAUUGGAUAGAAAGAUUGAAUUCCCAUUACCAUCAGAAGAAGCUAGAGAAUCAGUAUUGAAGAUUCAUGCAAGAAAACUUAAUUGUGACAACAAUUCUGUUAAUUGGAGAGAAUUGGCAAGAUCUACCGAUGAAUUCAAUGGGGCUCAAUUAAAGGCUGUUACUGUUGAAGCUGGUAUGAUUGCAUUGAGAAAUGGGAAAUCUGUUAUUAAACAUGAAGAUUUCGUUGAAGCUAUAGGAGAAGUUCAAGCUAGAAAGUCUAAAUCGGUUAAUUUCUACGCUUAA